ACAGCAACUCGCCAGCCGAGUUCUGAAACCACCGAAGGACCUAGGCUUCCCACCUAUUCAUGGCCCGCUGCCUCGUCGCCCGCCACUUACUCCCGCACCUCCGCCUCCGUGCGCCGCGUCUCCUGUCUGUUCCACCGCCGACGCUGGGCAUGCUUAUCCGCGGUGUCGAAGUGUCGUUUCCUUCGGUUCAGGCGCUUCAAGGAACCCGAUCCUUUGCUGACGAUCGCUCACACUAUGAUCUGUUUGGUAAAAGAAGGCCUGGGGAUGAAGAGUUCAGAAAAGCCUGGCAGGAGGACGUAGAUGAAGAGGACUGUCUGUGGACAGGUAGUGAAGAUGAUGACGACGACGAAGAGAGCGAUACAAAACUGGAGAGGGAAAUUAAGAAAGUGAAGAGGCAAGCGAAGGAAAAUUCAAACCUUAUUGAUGCUGAUGACAGUGACGAGUUAAGAAGUAUAUGCCCUGAGAGUGAUGAAGAUGAUAUGACUCUCUGGAGUGGCAGUGAAGACGACGACGACGACGAUAUUCCCUCUGAGGCACAUCCUAGUGAACGCAGUGACUCAUAUCUUGAUAAGGUGUUUGAAUUUGAGGAGUCACCAAAGUACCACACAAUCUCAGAGCUGUUGAAAGCAGAGAACGAACCACCUGAGCUAUCUCCGGGAAAGCAAGCAAGGAAACUUGCUGUAGAAAAUGCUCUUAAGAAGUUAAAGAAAGGCCCUGAUGGACGCUACAUUAACGUAUUUGAUGUUGUUACUGAUAUAGAUAUCCUGAUUGGUGCAUUUGAGAACAUUGUUUCAGGACCAGAAUAUGCAGAACUGCGGGAGGGUGGACCAAAAAAGCUCAAUAUACAGUUCUUUAAGGAUAUACAGGCACGCAUGAGGGACCCAAAUUUCAAGUUUUCUCCAGAGUUGAAGUUAAAGCCAAAGAGUAAGUUAGUGUCUAGGAAAAAAUGGCAGAAAGCCAAAGCUAGGAAGAGGAAAAAUGACAGACGUUGAGGUGAUCAUACCUCGUAAUGUAUUCAUCUCUCUUUCCCACAUCAGAAUGCUUUCUUCAGAUGGUUCAAGUAUUAUCUGUAGUGUUAUUCACGAUGGAUGGGCUUGAUGUGAUGGCACUAGCACUUCAAGAAAAGC